AACAACAUCACUUCAAACCAGACCUGUGUUAUGAUCGAUACAUCAGUCAGCACUUUCUUUAUACUGGUCUACAGCAUGGUCUUUCUGGUGGGUUUACUUCUCAAUUGCUUCAUCAUGAAGUUUUACUUUCAACAGCAAGCAUCUAGUAGCUUAAUGGUCUACCUGAAGAACCUGACAGCUGCUGACUUCCUGCUCUGCCUCUUUCUACCGCUCCGUAUCGUCCACUAUGCCAGGAACUCUGUUCCCAUUCAGAGACUCUACUGCAACUUUGGAGCUUCUGCCAUCUUCCUCAACAUGUACGCCAGCAUCAUAUUCAUGGGGUACAUCGCUGUUAACAGGUAUCUGAAGAUUGUCCAUCCUUAUAGGACUCACUUCCUCCAAACAAUACAAGCAGCCCACAAGAUUUCCCUAAUCACAUGGUUGAUUCUGCUGGCUCCCACAGUUAUCUACAACAUCCUGCUUUUGAUCACUAAGCCACAUGUAUCUGCAGGUCCUGGUUGCUGCAGUGCCUUCUUUAGUGAAUUUGGCAGUGUGCUCCACAAAACACUCCAUGCUGGCUGCAUUAUCAUCUUCCUGUUGGUCUUCAUAUCCCUGGUCUUCUUCUACUACAGCAUCUCCCGCAGGGUGUUGCUGGUACAGCAGAGGCAGCUGGCCUCCUCUGGCUGCGAGAAGCUCCUGAAGUCUCGCAGGAACAUGUUGGUGCUGGUCAGCAUCUUUUGUAUUUGUUUUGUUCCCCAUCACCUGGUUCGCCUUCCUUUUACUUUUCUACACAGCAAGGGCUUUGUUGGUCAGGUGUUAUACUACUUGAAGGAGGUGGCUACCUUAGUGUCAGUUUUCAACAUCUGCGUGGAUCCUGUUGUUUACUUUUUCCUCUGUAAGGCUUUUCGGGCCCAGUUGAGCCAGAAGACAGCAUCGCUGAGAGCACAGGUCAAUAUUCAACAACCAAAGAAUGAAAAAUGA